CACACGUGUUGCGUUCCCGCCAAGGAGAGGAGCUUGCUCCCGCCUUAGAUAUCACCGCGAGCAGUGAGGGACCAUCCACCCCAGCCAGUGCAAGUUGCCACGCUAUCAGCGCCCUUGAUAUGAUUGGCCACGCGCCAACGCUCUACGAAAAGAGUCUUAAACCGAGUCGCGGCUAUUCGUAUGUACGUCACUCCGAAGGAGCCGCAGUUUUCCCAUGUGUGCACACGAGAAGAUUGCGGCGUAGUGUGGCGAGCGAGCAGCCGACAUUCAUCUGGGGAACACAGGGAGUCUGGGGGAAAGAAGACCAGGUUGUGUGGGGGAAGAGGCGGGUAACUGACAACGGGCGGAAAGAGGCUCGCCGCAAAGCCACCCGCCCAGCCCAUGACCCCCAAUUUUGCGGUGUAGCCUGAGAGGCUGCGGCAGUGAGCUCACCUCAUCGCACGAUGAUGGGGAUGACGGCAGUGAGCUCGCCACAUCGAUCGUGGCGUGCUGGGGAACGAGACGUGCGACGGAAGGCGGAGAGCGAGACUUGGGAGGCAGUGCUGACGGUGUGGUGGGGUGACGAUAAAUAGCGCCGCCCGUCACUCUCAUUCACGCCCAUCUCGAGCCGACGGAGUGAGAGAGCCGCAAGCCAGCCAGCUCUCGUCGUCGUGAGGGACUGUCACGAGACUGGACACUGUCACUCUCGUCGUUUCUUCAGCUACUCUCGAGCAUCGUUUCACUCCCUCCGUCACCGCGCCAUCCCCGCGUUCUCCGCCGCCUUCCCUGACGUAUCCCGCUCUUCUGCGCCAUCCGCGCAUUCUCCGCCUUCAACACCCGCAAGCGGCGAUCCGCGUCACCGCAUCGUCCCCGCCAUGGGUUCGCACACGCUCAACGUGCCCGUGCGCGUGUUCACAUGGUCCGCGCGCGUCUUCUGGCUCGUCACGCUCGCGCUCCUCCUCACCUUCGUGACCUACCUCUCCAAGGACAAGACCGCGCCCAAACUCGCCGCGAAUGGCGGGCUGUCGGCGUGCUUCGAUUGCGACAACGGGUGGAACUGGCACGUGCUGCUCAUGGGGAUCGCGUUCGGCAUCGCCAUGACGGAGUCCAUCCUCGCCUUCUGCUCCAGCUCGCUCAGGGGAAACGGGUAUGCCAAGUGGGUGCACUUGACGUGGCAGGCAAUCGCGCUCAUUCUGUCGGCAUUCGCCAUGGCUUCCAUCGUUGUGGCCAAGGGGUCGGAGCACAAGCACAUGUACUCCGUGCACACCUACUGCGGCGUGCUCACCCUCGCGCUCUUCGCCCUCCAGUUCGCGUGGGGCCUGUGCGCGUUUGUGCUGUUCAAGAGCAAGCUGUCGGACGCCACGCGGUACCAGAUGGGCACGUACCACAUCCUGCUGGGAAAAUUCACCUACUUCGCUGGCAUCGGCACCUGUGUCAAUGGGUUUGUUGACAUGCAGAUGAUGAUGGUGCACGCGGGGCAGCCGUACUACGGCAGUGCCACCAUGGCACAGAACUGGGCCUCUAUCUUCCUGUGGCUCACCUCGGCUGCUGUCUUUGGCGCCAUGACUACUUCCAGGACUGCUGAGCUCGUCACUGAUUCCGAUGAGAAAGUUGCAGUGUAGUUGGGUUGUUAGCAAAGGCGCUGUCAGAAUACUUUGUUCAUUGCCCCAAGAUUCAAUGAAAAGAAAUGGCUCAUGUGAUA